AUGGCGCCUCCCCAGGAAGUCGGAGCGCUUUCGGAGCGGCGAUCCAUCUCUACCGCCUUUGAGAUCGGUACCUCACACUUUGGCGCAGCCUUCACAGUAGAGAACGGGGAGCCGACAAUGCUACAGAGAGGGAGGGUUAGCGGUGGGACUGGGACGUACGACCGAGUUCCCAACGCGUUCCGAUGCCGCGACGGACAGCUUGAACCCUUGAGCUACGACCAAAUAAUGAACUAUGAUGAGAUAGGCUUCGGAUCCAAACAGGCGCUGGAUAGGAACCUGCACGAGAAAGGCGGGCAAGCCUUUCUGGACUUCCUGCGCAAAAAUGAAAAAACCCUUUUGGAAUGCCUGAAACUGAUAUUUGCGCAUUUUCUGACGGACCUUGAUAACCUCUGCCGAAAGGAGAAGUACGGGCCUCUAACCAAAGUUUCCAUUCCGGUGCCCGUGAUGUGGACCGAGGACGAAAAUGGAAAGGAGAUACAGAAGCUAAUCGCCCUCGGUGCCACCGAGGCAGGGUUUGAUUCAAAUAUACUCGACUUCACAACCGAGCCCGAAGCGGCCAGCGAUUACAUUAAAUAUUUACACCGCAAGGCCGUGCAGGAGGAACAGGAAGCCAUGCUGCUGCAACAACGGAAGGUCGUACAGCAGACACGGAGGCGCAAGCAGCCGACAGCGCCGCGGAAGGGCAAGUCUAAAAGGGUCAGCGGACGAUUAUUUCUUUUCCUUUCCCGCACCGCAACAAGAACAGAAACUGAGAAGCUGACUCGUUCCAUUUCACAGGUCCUAGUGAUGGAUAUAGGCGCUGGAUUGGCGGACCUCUGGCGGAUUGUUGAGGAGUGCUACAAGAAACCAUUGGAUAUGGCCGAGAACGAAAUUCGAAAUUAUCGUGUGGUCGAUAAGGUCGUCCUCAUGGGGACGGCCUUGAUCGAAAACAAAUCCAUCAACUCUUUCUGGAUGCGCCGCAUUGACGAGGUAAAGAAAAACUGCGGCAAACAUAACCUACAAGUCGAGGUUCUAGACACGGUGAAUGCAGUGUGCCUGGGCGCGUCGUUGCCCUCCUCCAAUGACCCGACGGAGCUGUUCUGGAAGCAGGGCUUCGGCUACGCUGUGGCUGUGGAUCGGGCGACUGGCGAGGUCAUCGUACAGGCCAAGACCCUUCGUACGCAUACCUGCCUGAAAUACUGGGAAACGGUAAUGCCGGACAACGAUAUGCUUGUCUUGAAGCUGUAUGCUUUCGACGCCUCGGUCAAGCGGCGGUCGGACUGGUCUCGCGACUCAAAUCGCCACGUCUAUUCGAAGCGUCACGCCGUGCCAAUGGGACAGAUAGAUGUCAAGCUGGAGAGCCAUGUCGAAACAGUUAUGGUGAGGUUCACAUACCAACCACCUGGUUUGAUCACGCUCCAGGUGAGACAUCGGCAAGGAUGGAAAACAGAGGUAGACUUGGAGCUUUCCUUUGAUGGGAAAAUCCUACAAAUCCAAACGACCGGCCGGACUAGAGAUGUGCCGUGGGAAGAAACUGACGGGAAAGAACACGGGAAGGCAUCCAGCAGUCGGAAGCCAGGUAAACAGCAUAGCAGAGCUGAUCAGACGACCGAUAAGGCCGCAAUCCGGCCGCCGAGGACCAACGCUGGCAAACGUUCUGCAGCAUUGGAUCCUACACUGUUGGAAGGGACUAAACGGCGUCGUAAAGCGACUGGCACAACCCGUCGCUGCGGGGAAACACAAAGAGAUCCCUAUGAAGUUCCCUCCGACGCGGACGAAGGCACAAACAACCGGGGCCACGUGUGUGCCCGCCCUGAUUUGCGGGCAAACACGGCUCUCAGAAGUAGUUGGCACGGUAUCAGCCAGGACGACGUCAACACGAAGCCGUAUGCUGAAAUGGAAGGCAACUCUGCGAGACGGACGCCCAACGAAAGACAAGACUCGCAAGUUGCUGAGGAGGGCGAUGAGGAAGAAAUGAACCCUCAGGAAAGAACUCGAAGGAACCUCGGACCGGGAAAAGGUCGGAUAAGCGGAGAGCAGAGUCCGAGGCCACGGACUGCAGACCAGGGCGAGCCUGCACUGCCUUUGGGUGAGGAAUCACCUAGCUGGCGUAUACUACGCCAGAGAAGUCUUGGAACUGGCCGGAACGGAGAUCAAAGUCCCGAAAGACAAAGGAGACCAAGCGAGGUUCCUGAGGCCCCGCCACGGGAGGACCGCCCCGGGAGGGCCUUUAGCCGCAAGCCUACGCCAGAACUUGCAACACCGGGCCACCCUGGGCAAGGGACCAGUCCGCAACAAGCCGACCAAACGGCGUCUGGGUUUCAGGAGCAUGCUGAUCAAGGAGGCGGACGGGCUAGCGAAGAGCCUCAAGACCAUGAUAGCGGCAGGAGAAGACCUUCGCCGGAACUGGGAUCUACCGACGCUGGAAUCGGCUCUCGGGUUCCUGAAACCCCACAACAAGCCAAUAUACGUCGUCAAUCUGUUAUAGGUGCGCGUGAUGGCGCCUCUGUGCACCCGUGGGUCCGAACUGGACUCAGUCAGCGAAGCCCUCGAGCGGCUGAAAAUAUGGUCGGAAUUGAGGGCGACAAUGCUGAGCAUUAUACGCUCUCGGAAACCGGUUCGGCGAUGGACGAAGCUGGUUAUCAGCUUCAUCAUGAACUCUACCAGGCCAAUGGCUCGGACUUGCAAGCAAGGCCAACGGUUCCAUACGACGUCGUCGGCACAGAUAAAGACGGAACAUCCCUUGUACAUAGGCAUCCACCACUACCUGGAACAAGACUAGCGUCUCAUGAUGUCAGGACUGCUCGGCGAGGAACAUCUGUAAAGAGGAACUCUGUGUCUCGAGAAAUUGGUUCUGUGGGUAGCAAUCGUCCGGUAGGACGCGACGGUCACAAUGGUAACACGUUAGUGACAGACGGGGAACUCAGCAAAGGAACAGCUGGUCAACCGCAGUUGAGUCAACCAAUUCCUGGAGCCAAUGGUCUGUCUUCCGCAUUAAACCGUCGAAGCCAGAGGCAAACUGAACCCGCCCUGCCGUCCAGGGCUAUGAGUUUUGCCAAUAUACUGACCCGUCAAUGGAACGGAGCUUAUUGA